CAUAUGGGGCACUCACGACCGAACACUGCUGAUCAGUAAUAUAAGAAGACCACCGUCUGUGGCACGGUUUCAAAUGUAUGAUUAAGUUUAAGAACAGCAGAACUCUCAUUCCUUUGGGGAAAUCAUGUAAUCUCUGGAAGUGGCUCCAUAUGGGAGCAAUUCUAGGUAGCAGAAGUUACUUAUUUGGCUCUGGUCUCUUCACUACCUAAGAAUUUAUCAUUAUUAUGUACAAGGAUAAAGAUAAGGGCUGGAAUUGUGACUAUAUAUUCCUAGAUGAGAAAACUCCUACCAGUGCAGGUAAAUUAGACCUUUGCUAUAAGACCUUACAGUCUUAAGAGAGUAGCCUAAAAUACUGAAAGGUUAAGUGAUUUGUCCAGUGUUAUACAAUAAAAGUCUGAGGUGAUAUUUGAACCCGGGUUCUCCUGGCUUUCAAGACUAACUUUCUAUCCACUACCCCAUUCAUCCUCUCAUUACUAUUGGUAAAGAGUGUAGAAUUCUGUAUAAAAUUAUUAGACUGUGCAGUUAGUUGACUUUUUCUUCCAAGUGGGUAAGAUGAGUAAAGUUUUAGAUGUAUUUCAUCUUGGGCUAAGAGUGUAAUUUAGAAGCCAAAAAGCACAGAUAAAGAGGCCAGCAAGGUGUGAUGGAAAGAGCUCUGGAUUCAAAUGCUGACUCUUCUAAUAGCUGCUCACAGAGCCUUGGAAAGAGCCAGGGAUUAUUUGCACAAGACUGGAAGGUUUAUUGUGAUUGGUGGAAUUGUUUCUCCUGUCCAUGACUCCUAUGGAAAACAGGGCCUGGUGUCUAGCCGACAUCGUCUGAUCAUGUGCCAGCUGGCUGUCCAGUCUUCUGAUUGGAUCAGGGUGGACCCCUGGGAGUGCUAUCAGGACACGUGGCAGACAACCUGCAGUGUGCUAGAACACCACCGGGACCUGAUGAAGAGAGUGACCGGCUGCAUCCUUUCCAAUGUCAACACACCUUCCAUGACCCCAGUGAUUGGACAGCCACAACAUGAAACAUCCCAGCCCAUUUAUCAGAACAACAACGUGCCCACUAAGCCCACUGCAGCAAAGAUCUUGGGGAAGGUAGGAGAAAGCCUGAGCCGAAUUUGUUGUGUCCGUCCACCAGUGGAGCGUUUCACUUUUGUGGAUGAGAAUGCCAACCUUGGCACAGUGAUGCGGUAUGAAGAGAUCGAACUCCGCAUCUUGCUGCUGUGUGGCAGUGACCUGCUGGAAUCCUUCUGCAUCCCUGGGCUCUGGAAUGAGGCUGAUAUGGAGGUGAUUGUUGGUGACUUUGGAAUUGUGGUGGUACCUCGGGAUGCUGCAGAUACAGACCAAAUCAUGAACCAUUCCUCAAUACUCCGCAAGUACAAGAACAACAUCCUGGUGGUGAAGGAUGACAUCAACCACCCCAUGUCCAUUGUCAGUUCCACUAAGAGCAGACUGGCCCUGCAGCAUGGGGAUGGACACGUUGUGGAUUAUCUAACCCAGCCCGUCAUUGACUACAUCCUCAAGAGCCAGCUGUAUAUCAACGCCUCUGGAUAGGCACCAUUGUUCUUGCCCCCACCCCCUUUUGUGCCCCUCAACCCUGUCACUCUGCAGCAAUUCAGUCCUUGUGCUUUACUCUGCUUCUCUUCUCCAUCACUCUUCUCCUGGUCUGUCUGUCUCUCCAUCUAUUUCUCUCUCCUCCCUUUUUGUCUUUCUCUCACUGUCUCCCACAUCUUCACUUGCUGAUUGUAAUACCCCACAGGAUAGGGCUGUCCCAAGAACCAUGGUACUUGGUACAUGGAACCCCUUGCUACAGUUGUCUUUGGACAGCCUUUCUACUUGUUUCCCUGGGUUGGGGAGGGGAAAGUGCAGCCCAUAGAGGUAUAUUGAUGUCCGUUUCCCAGCAUGCUCUAGGGAGGCGGCUCUGGUGCCCACCUUCCCAGCAUGCUCUAGGGUGGUGGCUCUGGCACUCGCCCUCCUAGCAUGCCCUUUGUCACAAAGGGCUGGCCUUUUUUUUUUCCCACUUCUCAUAGACCUUGGAUGAAAUGGGUGUCUAUGGUUCUUUUUAGUUAAUCUCCACAUGCAUUCCUUUAGCAUUCUUUCUGUUUUGAUGUGUUACUGCAUUCAGCCUUGGCUCUCAUUAUUGGGAGAACCCAGCCCUUGAAGGACACCCCCAAAUAUGAACCUCAAGCAAUGAGGUGGAACACUCUUUUUUUGGCCAAGAGUGAACCACUUGGGUUUUGAAAUCCCAGGAGACAGAAAAUUUCUACAAUCGUUAAGUCUGGGUAUGAGUUUUCCCCAGGAUUUUGAACCUAUUUCUUCAGGUUUUGGUUUUAGGAGAUGAUUUUCCUGCUCCAAAACUGAAUAAUGGCUUAACCUCUAGUUUAGACAAAGCCAGUCCUUACACAUUUUGGAAGGCCCAACCAUAAAGCAUUUGGCUUAUAAUUGAACUAGAACUAGUGGGAAGGGUGGGGACUGUCAGUUAAAAAGUGUUUGUAGACUACCCACCUCCUUCACUUAUUGUACUAAGCCCUUCUACACCAAACUUAGGCAUACACCUGGACAACUUACGCCAGGUGAAAUCCUAAUAAAGCAGCAAUUUCUAAAAUAAAUGAGCUAAGUGGUCAUCCAGCCUUGGA